CUCCUCUCCUCUCCUCUCCUCUUCACUCACACUCACACUCACCAUGUCCGCAGUCCGUCAGCGUCUCGAGGCUGCAGCCAUUAAAAAGGACAAAAAGGUCUCCAUCGACGAGGCCGAGUUGCCCGCAGACCGCAAGUUCAACGUGCCCAACUUUACCAACAAGCAGCUGCUCGAUGCCAUUCCCGCGCACUGCUUCGAGCGCUCCCUCUUCCGCUCGUCCUUGACCCUCGUCCAGGACGUCGCCAUCGUCGCCGCCCUCGUCUACGGCGCCUACCACAUCGAGGACGCUCUCGCAUACUUCAACCUCGCCGAGCUCCCCACCAAGGCACUUCGCAUCGCACUUUGGACGACGUACUGCAUCGUGUGCUCGUUCUGGGGCACUGGCCUCUGGGUUGUUGGACACGAGUGUGGCCACCAGGCAUUCUCCAAGAGCAAGACGAUCAACAACUUUGUUGGCUGGGUCGUCCACUCGUGCCUCCUCGUGCCCUACCACGCUUGGCGCAUCUCCCACGGCCGCCACCACGCGUCCACGGGCAGCCUCACUCGCGACGAGGUGUUUGUUCCCCGUACUCGCAAGGAGCGUGGUCUCCCCGAGGCCGCCAACGAGGAUGAGAUCAUCGGCAUCAACGUUCCGGAGGAGUCGCAGUCUCUGCUCGCAGAGGCUCUCGACCACGUUCCUAUUGCCGUCUUCUGGAUGGCCAUGUACCAGCUCGUCGGCUUCCCUCUCUACCUCGUCAUGAACGCCGCCGGCCAGAACCGGUACCCCAAGUGGACCAACCACUUCACGCCGUCGUCGAUCAUCUUCCGCGCCAACCACAAGUGGCAGAUCAUCUGGUCCGACAUUGGCCUCGCCCUUGUCAUCGCCGGCCUCACCUACUGGUCCAAGGUCCGCUCGUUCUCCGAGAUGAUGCUCGUCUACGGCAUCCCCUAUCUCCUCGUUAACAGCUGGAUUGUCAUGAUCACCUACCUCCAGCACACUGACCCUACUGUCCCUCACUACAGCGACGCGCUCUGGACCUUCCCCCGCGGCGCUCUCUGCACGAUCGACCGCACGUUCCUGGGCCCGGUCGGCGCGUGGGCCGUCCACGGCCUCUGCGAGACCCACGUUCUGCACCACGUCUGCUCCAAGAUCCCCCACUACCACGCAUGGGAGGCGACAGAGGCCCUCAAGGCCUUCAUCGGCGAGCACUACCAGCGCUCUGAGGAGAACAUGCUCGUGUCGCUGUGGAAGAGCCACCGUCAGUGCCAGUUCAUCGAGGACGGCGCGGACAUUGCGUUCUACAAGAACUCGCGCGGGCAGGCCCAGCGCUGGGGUGUCGCCCCGCCACCCGCCGACUCGGGUGUCGAGCUCUCGAGCUAAGCGAGGGUUGGUAAGGCCGCAUACGAGGCUGCAAAAUAGCAUUUUCUAGACACGGCAUAGGGUAUAGAGAUAGAACAAGUAGAUUCAUUCAACUGGGUGCCGUCGGGGAACAUGCACGCUUGGAUC